CUUCCCCGGGAGAAAUUGCUGAUGUGUUCUACAGUGGAGAAGAGAAAUCACGCAAGGCACAAACCAUGAAUUACGUUGGACAAUUAGCAGGGCAAGUCUUUGUGACAGUGAAGGAGCUCUAUAGAGGAUUAAAUCCAGCCACGUUGUCUGGAUGCAUUGAUAUCAUUGUUAUCCGCCAGCCUAAUGGAAACCUCCAAUGUUCACCUUUCCAUGUACGCUUUGGAAAGAUGGGAGUUCUGCGUUCUAAGGAAAAAGUGGUUGACAUAGAAAUUAAUGGAGAAUCUGUGGAUUUGCAUAUGAAAUUAGGAGACAAUGGAGAAGCAUUUUUUGUAGAGGAAACAGAUGACAAAGAGGAGGCAAUUCCAUACCACUUGGCUACAUCCCCCAUUUUGUCCGAGGGAUCUUUCAUGGAAUUACAACUGAAGAGAAAUUCUGUUGAUAGGUUAAGGAGCAUGGACACUGCUGGUCCUUCACAGUUACCAAUCCUUACUUCUCCUUCGGCAACUGAAUCCAUGACUGCAAGUUGUUCUGUCAAGAAAAGGAGAAAGAGGAGAAGGAAAUCUGCCCAUAAAAUAGACAUUUCAAAAAGAGAUGAAAAUGCAGAUACCACGGAAGAUGAAAACAUGUUCCCUAUAGAAAUGAGUUCUGACGAAGAAAAUGAGCUCUUAGAUACGAUUUCCAGAACAUCUAUCCCUGAUUUGUCAAGGGAUGAAGAGAUCGAGGCGGUUUCUUCUAUAAAUGCGCUUGCUCAUCCCCACUCAGAUGGAGAAUGGACACCCAGACAGAGUAAAUCUAGAACAUGCACAGGGCGGUCCUCUCAUCUCACUGUUCCAGCAGAGGGAAGCUUAUCUAGUUCUUGUCCUGACCGGACCUCUCACUGUCCUGCUGAAGACAGCCCUUUAGAUUCACGAUCUCUCACUCCUAAAAGUGAUUCUGAAUUAGUCAGUAAGCCUCUGGAAAGAAGUGUUAAGAACAAUAAUCCUCAGAUGCAUUGGGACUGGGGAGAACUACCUCAAGCCACAAAGACUGCUACCCCACACAAGCCAAAAGAAUCCAGCACCUCAGUGACUGUGAAUCUUUCUGGAAGCACUCACUUUCGAGUCAUCCAGAGUACCGAUACGGAAGAGGUUCAGCACCUCUCUUCCCUACCUGACCCUGGACAGGAUGAGAUUGUGCUGGUUGUGGAAGAAGCAGAGCUCCUGACACCCGAAACAUCCCAAAUGGAUAUAGAGACUUUAGGAGCGGCAGCCCCUCCACUUCCGGCCGGUGAAGAAUUAAAGCCAGCCACAACCGGCUUGAUGCAGCCAGCCAGCAAAACAGAUUCUCCCUCGAAAAAAAAGGAUAAGCGGAGCCGACAUCUUGGUGCUGAUGGUGUAUAUUUAGAUGAUCUGACUGACAUGGAGCCAGAGGUUGCUGCACUCUAUUUCCCUAAAAAUGGUGAUCAUCUUGCCCUCUCGAAGAACGCCAGUGAUAAUAGUCCCCGCUCAGCCAACCAAUCUCCUCAAUCGGUCGGAAGCUCAGGGGUGGACAGUGGUGUAGAGAGCACUUCGGAUGGAAUCCGAGAUCUGCCCUCCAUUGCCAUUUCACUUUGCGGCGGACUUAGCGACAAUAAAGAAAUAUCCAAAGAAAAGUUUUUAGAACAAGAAGUCUCUUAUCAGCAGUUUGUGGACAACCCAGCUCUUAUUGACGACCCUAACCUUGUGGUGAAGAUUGGAAACAAGUACUACAACUGGACAACUGCAGCUCCGCUCCUGCUGGCAAUGCAGGCAUUCCAGAAACCUUUGCCAAAGGCUACUGUGGAUUCUAUAAUGAGGGAUAAGAUGCCCAAAAAAGGUGGAAGAUGGUGGUUUUCAUGGAGAGGGAGGAAUAACUCUAUCAAAGAGGAGGCAAAGCCAGUGCAAAGUCUCAGUGGAGAAGAAGAGAAGAGUAUUGCAGACAGAAUCAAAGAUGAUUCUUCCUCAAGUGAUGAAGACCAUCGAACUAAAAGUGAAACCACUCACCUUCCACUGUUGUCUGGAAUAGGUUAUAAAAAGAGUCUUCGACUCAGUUCAGAACAGCUGAAAAAUCUCAACCUUAAAAAUGGUCCCAAUGAUGUCACUUUUAGUGUCACAACACAAUAUCAAGGAACAUGUCGCUGUGAAGGUACCAUUUAUUUAUGGAACUGGGAUGACAAAGUCAUUAUUUCUGACAUUGAUGGCACCAUCACAAGAUCAGAUACUUUAGGUCAUAUUUUGCCUACCCUUGGCAAGGACUGGACACAUCAAGGCAUUGCUAAAUUGUAUCACAAAGUGAGCCAGUAA